CUGUUGACGCACUCGACGCGGAGUACACUCGGCUGGAGUUGGGGAGCGCGUGUCCUCCGAGCGGUUGUUAUGAUGAACGUCGAGGGGCAGUUGAACAUUUGAGCACGUUUGCAUGGACAUGGAUGAUGCUCGUCUGUUGGUUUUGAGGUGCUGAGCUCUGUGCGCGCGCACACGGGUCAGUUUCGGAGUCGCCAGCCGCGCGCGUCAGCUUGGACCCAAAGACACUCGUGCCGAUAGACGUGUGGUAGCAUCAUUUGCUGAAGUUCAACUUUCACAGUAGUUGAAUUCCGUGCUGUUGGAUUGUAAAAAGCUGUGAACUUCGUAUGUUCUGUUCCUCUGGUUUGGAAGAGAGCGUGCGUCUCGGGCAGACAUGUUUUCGCUCUGUGGAAGUUUGGUAGUCGUGCGCCCGCUCUCUUAAAAAAAAAACCUCAUCUUUGCAUUUUUCGAUCAUCUUCCUCUCACUGAACUCUGCAGGGGGGCUUCAUGCGACAGGGGGAAAUGGCCAGCGAGAGGAAACCGCGACUUUGUGUCAUGGCAAAAGCAGACAACGGCUAUGGAUUUCACUUGCAUGGCGAAAAGGGAAAGAGUGGACAGUUCAUCCGCAAAGUGGAGCCUGGCUCCCCCGCAGAAGCGUCGGGACUGCGCGCGGGGGACCGACUCGUUGCGGUGAAUGGGACCAACGUUGAACGAGAGACACACCAUCAGGUGGUCCAGAGAAUCAAAGCCGUAGACCAGGAGACAAGGUUACUGGUGGUGGACCACGAGACACAUGAAAGUCUGCGAAGCCUGCGACUCACAGCCACGGAGGAGAUGGCCGUUCUCGGGAAGGGCCCUCGCUCGUCAUCUUCCCCGACACCAUCGCCCUCUCCCUCCCCGUCCUCGGCCCCAUCGUCCCCCGGCAAGAAGCGGGAGAACGGCUCGGUGUCCAAGCAGCCGGUCUCGCUGAGCAGCCCAGUGCAGAAGCCCUCCAGGAGGGCACCGUCAAAAGCCGCAAAAAAGGAGGCUCUCGCUCAGGCCGAAACUCACACCAAGGCGCAGUCCCAGCCGCGGCUGCAGGUCAACCCGUCCGAGCUCGCUCCACGUCUGUGCCACCUGGUGCGAUCUGAGAUGGGCUACGGCUUCAACCUCCACAGCGAUCGAUCGCGACCUGGACAGUACAUCCGCUCUCUGGACCCGGGCUCCCCUGCAGACCACGCUGGGCUGCGGCCGCAGGACAGACUCAUUGAGGUAAAUGGCGUGAACAUUGAGGGCAUGCGACAUGCAGAGGUAGUGGCCUUCAUAAAGAAAGGAGGGGACGAGACCUGGCUGCUGGUGGUGGAUCCGGACGCAGAUGAGUUCUUCAAGAAGAGGGGGAUUAUCCCCACAGUCAGUCAUAUUAAAGACUAUGAUGGGCCGUCAAUAUCCAAUGGCUCUCCCAGCCCUCAGAUCAACGGCAGCUCCACCACACAGUCCAUCAGGUCCACACGCUCUGACCUCAGCAGCCAGGGCAACAGCACACAGCUGGCAGACGACAUGGGCAGCCAGCUGUUGGACCCAUUCGCCGAGAUGGGCCUGAGCCUAAGCGCCACAGCAGCAGAGGAAAAGAUGAAGGCGCAAGCCAAAGCAAAGAAGAAGGCACCACAGAUGGACUGGAUGAGGAAAUACGAACUCUUCAGUAAUUUCUGAGACAUUCCUCUUUGAGGAUACUUCAAAGACCAGAGGACAGAGCGCUUUCCCUUCCAACUGCGCAGAUCAUGUUUUUCUUAGAGAAAGAGGGAAAAAAAAAGAAGAUCUUCUCUUCCUAUAAUUAAAACAUCUAACCCUCAUCAAAGUGCAACUUGCAAAUCUAGACUUUGAUAAACUCAAAAUGAAAAGAAAAAAAAAACAAAACAAAAUGGAGGAUCAGCUUCGCAGAUGUGUACUUGUAUCAAGUGGAAGCACUGUCUCUAACUUCUCAUGAAUCCCUGUUGCUUUUUCUCUUCUUCUCUAAUCACGCUGCCUCCUCCCAGAGGAGCACUUCAGACAAACAGGGGGAGGCGGCUAUUUUUAUAUUUAAAAGUAUAAACAACUACAAAUGAACGCCGUGGACUUUAUUUGAAAUACUUUUGUGGACACUGUGACAUUAAUGAUUGUGAACGCGUCGGACGUUUUUUGGCCCAUCAGUCAGAAGAUCACUGUGAACGAGUUCGAGACGCUCUCCAUGUACUCUACGUGUAUUUGUACUCUUACGUGGACAAAAGUAAUUGUGAUAUGCACCAGCUAAUCCCCGUCAGAUUAGCCCAGCUUUAAUCAGAGAGGAUCUACAUUAGUUUGUCAUUUAUCAACACUAACCUCUUUUUCCGUAAAACACCACUAACAUGGAAAGUGUGUCCUAGUAAAGUUCCCUGGGGUUCAGUUGCUUGAUGAACGUUACAUGUACAGCAGAGGGCACACUUACACCACAAACAUGGAUUCAAUAUGUUUUGGCACUAGAGUAGGAGUUUCCUCAGAUGUAACUUCAUCGUCUCACAAUGUCCCUAACGACAAAUGAACAAAAAAAAUAUGUUAAGAAAAAAAAUCUAAUGAUUGAUUCCCUGUGGGAUAACUCAGGACGAAUGUGAAGGAAAGAACAAUAAGCCCAACAUUCAGGUGUCACUUUCAGUUACUGUUUGAUUGAUAUUUCACUUUUAACUGUGAUGCGAAAGCAGGCUGAUAAAUGGAAAGGUCGACAGCUGCUCGGAUUGCACGACCACAUAUUUUAAGGCUACGGCAGCCAACGUUAAGUCAGUAUUAGACAUUGUACAACAAAAUAAAUUGGGUGAACUUAAAAUCUAUUUUCUCAGGACAUGACAAGUAUAAAAGUACGUGUGUUGUCCGGCUUUGUUUGGUUUUGACCUCUUUCUGUUCAUGAAGUCCAAGCAGAGGGAUUUCACUGAUGUGGAAGUGUCAUGGAGGUGUGUUUCUAUUUAAAGGGACAUUCCAAGAUUUUGGGAGCUACACUUUCAGGCAGGGUUAUGUAUGUAUGUAGAUUGAAAUGUAUGGCAAAUGUGAAAGUAGCAGCACGUUAGCUUAGCUUGGAAAUUAGGGAGAAACCACCAGCACUAACCCAAAUCUGCCUACUAAUAAACACAUCUUUUGUUUCAUUUGUGCAAAAAAAGGAAAGUGUUUAGAACAAUGCUGAACGACGGGUGCGUCGAUUUUUCCAAUUGGCACCAGCUUAGAAAUAUAAAUGCAAAUUGUAUGCAGAUGUAACAGUAUUAGCGCUACGCUAAGCUAACUCACUGCUUUCUGUUUCGCUUUAGUGUACACAGUUGACAGUGGCUUCCAUUCUCUCAAGUAUAAGCACAUUUUGCCAAAAUCAGUCAGACCACAUCCAACCUACAGAACAUCCCAGAGAAAAUGUCAUUAAAAUCUGUCUUAAAUUGUGCUGCUCGCAAAAAGAAAAACAAAAAAAACAGACAAAUGCGGCCAAAAAUAUAAUCUCCUAGGCAGAGGUAUAAGGGACGGGAAAGAAUAUGAAGUGUUUUAGGAUGAAGGCAAUGUGCGAGGUCAGAGAUGCUCUGGAGCAUCUCAGUGGAAGAGAUGGAGCUUACUGAGGAUUAUGACAUGAAGAGACAGCUGUCUUAUGCUCACACACAUUUGGGUCUCAAUGUGUCCUUAUGUGUCCAUGCUGAAACAGAAGCAGUGUUGAUAUGUGUAGCAGGCAGGGGGUGCAAAGGUAGAGAACGCUUGUGGACAACCUUUCUCACACUAUCCUGGCACCGGUGAAUCUUGUCCUCAUCUGUGAACACGUACAGGGUUCACUUUAUGUUGUGACAGUCACAGCAAAUUGAUGUAACCAACAUGCACAUGUAUAUAGAUUAAAACCAUAUGGCAGGUUGCAUUUUAUUUCAAUAAAGUGUGACAAUUGCA